CAGUGCACAUCACAGGAGAGCACAACCCCUCUUUUUUUUUCUUGCUUCCAGUACUCGGGGUGACUCCCUCGCACGGAAAAAAACCCCCCACGAAUUCCGGUCACCCUGAAAAUUCCCACCAAAAGGGUUCCGCGUUUGAGCGCUCGCUGGCCAGAGGAGCAGGGAGCUGUCCGCGGUGCUGAAUUCGCCAGCUAACAGAAAUCCCCAUUGCACACUCAUGUGCUCGGGCCGCUCCUGAUACCUCCCAUUCCUAGCAGCAACUGACCGCCACCUCAACACAACCAAGAUGGACGACGACGGGCGCUACAGAGACGGCCGCUCAGACUUCGUGCGCGGCGCCAAGGACAUUGCCAAGGUGGCCAAGAAGCAGGUCGGCAAGAAAAUGGGCCGCGGUGUGGACAAAAUGACCGACGAGUACACCAAGCGCUCCUAUAAGCGCUUUGAGGAGGAAGAUGAUGAUGACUAUGCCGCCGUGCAAGGCAACGACGGCGGAUAUUACCGCAACGACAGCCGGGCCAAUGACGACGAAGGCCACAGUGACUCCACCGAAGGGCACGACGAGGACGACGAGAUCUACGAGGGCGAGUACCAGGGCAUCCCGCGGGCCGAAUCGGGCAAGGCCGGCUCCAUGGACGGGGCGACGGCGGCGCAGGCGCAGCAGUUCAGGGACCUGUCGGCCUACGAGAGCGAGCGGAGGAAAGACCAGGAGGAGUUGGCUGAACAGUACGAGGCCAUCCUGCAGGAGUGUGGCCACGGGAAGUUCCAGUGGACGCUCUACUUUGUCCUGGGCCUGGCUCUGAUGGCAGACGGCGUGGAAAUCUUUGUGGUCGGCUUCGUGCUGCCCAGUGCUGAGAAGGACAUGUGUCUAUCGGAGCCGAACAAGGGCAUGCUGGGUCUGAUCGUUUACCUGGGGAUGAUGGUCGGGGCAUUUGUAUGGGGCGGCCUGGCUGACCGGAUUGGCCGACGGCAGACCCUCCUCAUCUCCCUCUCCAUCAACAGCGUGUUUGCCUUCUUCUCCUCCUUCGUCCAGGGCUACGUCUCCUUCCUCUUCUGCCGCCUGGCCUCUGGUGUGGGUAUUGGCGGCUCCAUCCCCAUCGUGUUUUCCUAUUACUCCGAGUUCUUGGCCCAGGAGAAGCGAGGAGAGCACCUGAGCUGGCUCUGCAUGUUCUGGAUGAUCGGUGGUAUCUACGCCUCCGCCAUGGCCUGGGCCAUCAUCCCUCACUACGGCUGGAGCUUCCAGAUGGGCUCGGCCUACCAGUUCCACAGCUGGCGUGUCUUUGUGAUGGUGUGUGCCUUACCCUCUGUGGCGGCCAUCUCUGCCCUCACCACCAUGCCUGAGAGCCCCCGCUUCUACCUGGAGAAUGGGAAACACGAUGAGGCCUGGAUGAUCCUGAAGCAGGUCCACGACACCAACAUGAGGGCCAAAGGCUACCCGGAGAGGGUCUUCUCUGUGACCACCAUCAAAACUGUGAAGCAGAUGGAUGAACUGGUGAACAUGGGCGAUUCUGUUGCCUGGCAUCAGAGAUGGAAGUUAAAGCUCACAACACUUUUCCAACAGGUGUGGAGUAAUUUCCUGAGUAUUUUCUCCCCCGAGUACCGCCGCACCACCUACAUGAUGAUGGCCGUGUGGUUCUCCAUGUCCUUCAGCUACUACGGUCUGACAGUGUGGUUCCCGGAUAUGAUCAAGUACCUGCAGAAGCAGGAGUACUCGUCCCGCACCAAGGUUUUCCUCAAGGAGAGAGUAGACCACGUCACCUUCAACUUCACCCUGGAGAACCAGGUCCACCGCCAGGGACAGUACUUCAACGACAAGUUCAUGAACCUGAAAAUGAAGUCGAUGGUGUUUGAGGAUUCGCUGUUUGAGGAGUGUUACUUUGAGGACAUCACCUCCAGCAACACCUUCUUCAAGAACUGCACCUUCAUUGCCACCCUCUUCUACAACACAGAUCUCUUCAAGUACAGGCUGAUCAACAGCAAACUCAUCAACAGCACUUUCCUGCACAACAAAGAGGGCUGCCUGCUCAGUGACGUCAGCGACGACAACAAUGCCUACAUGGUCUACUUUGUCAGUUUCCUGGGCACCUUGGCCGUGUUGCCAGGCAACAUUGUCUCCGCGCUGCUCAUGGACAAGAUUGGACGGUUGAGGAUGCUAGCGGGCUCCAGUGUGAUAUCUUGCAUCAGCUGUUUCUUCCUGUCCUUUGGCAACAGCGAGUCAGCCAUGAUUGCUCUGCUCUGCCUGUUCGGUGGAAUCAGCAUCGCCUCCUGGAACGCCCUGGAUGUGCUGACUGUCGAACUCUACCCCUCGGACAAGAGAACCACGGCCUUUGGCUUCCUCAACGCCCUCUGUAAAUUAGCGGCUGUGUUGGGCAUAAGCAUCUUCACCUCGUUCGUCGGCAUAACCAAGGCUGUGCCCAUCCUCUUUGCCUCGGGGGCGCUGGCGGCGGGCAGUUUUCUGGCCCUCAAACUACCAGAGACGCGGGGCCAGGUGCUGAAGUAGUGUGGCGCCGACAACUUUUCCAGGGGGUGGGGGCGGGCAGAAGAGUUUUUCGCCACACUGUGAACGAACAGCUCAAGAGCCCUCCAGAUCCUACCCUCUAACCCCUUCCCCGCAGUUAUAGAGUCAAGUGAAGAGCAAAAUAGAUCUGCGAAGCUGUAAAUAUUUGGGAUGGUGAUUAUUUGAUAUGGAGCUAUAAAGAUAAGUCCAGCUGUGUCAAACUGUUAUAAUGCCUGAAUAAGCCCUGAGCUGAUUUAGAGAAAAUAAUUCUGGAUUGCUUAGAAUUGGUGCAGAAGAAAAUAUGAGGCAAACAUAACGUCAAGUUGUUGAAAAGAGCAUUUUUUUUUUUUUUGUUCCUGGAAUACAACAUAUUAGAACAUACACCUGGGGUUGGAGGUGAGGUCACGGGGGCUCUUAAUAAUGAGCCAUGCCAAGAGACUUAUAAAAAUGCCCACUAGCCAUUGUUGCAGAGUUUUCUUCUCCACUCCAUUCUUCAAAUUACCAUUCAAGUCUUGAUGCUUUGCCGUUGUUGGACGUAGAAUCAAAACAAAAUUGACAUUUUAUGCCUUGAUUUGAAGCAUUUUCGACUUUGUGGGGCAAAGCCAAGACGCGCCUCUCUUGACCUUUCCUCAUUCUUUGUCGCCCCAGGUCUUGUGUUGGCAAACAGACUGCCAUUUUAUAGAUUAUAGAACAUUCCAGGUUUUUCUAGAGUGCGAUAAGGAGAUAAAUCGAGUUCCUUUUCCCUUUAGAACAUUGUUCUUUGAUCAUCUCGCUUGUCAUGAGAUCAUUCACAUUUCCCAUGCUGAGUCAAAUUUAUGUGCCACCAUUUCAUUACAAAGAUUAAGCUAUCUGUUGAAAUUUACACUUAAAGCACAGCGAUUAGCCAACGUGAAUGUCCCUAAGGUUUUCUUGACGUGAUGAAAAUGUUAAGAAUCUCUCACUCGAUCAUCGUUUUUCAAUCAUAUUGUACAACCCUUUGUGAGAAAUGCCUUUUUUAGUACCUCGCCUCCCAGACUUACGGUAUGUUGGUCUCUUAUAAAACAUGUUUUGGAGGGUGUUAUGCAUGUCACAAAGUAUGUAACCUUAUGAAAACUGAGAGUACAAAAUGCGAACAGCAUUUUGGACAUGUUGCAUUUGCGUAUUGAUCGACCUGUCUUACGUUGCCAUAAUAUUUUGAUAUUUCUGAUUCAUAAGAGACCGCACAGGGCUUUUAUUUUUUUAUCAACAGUAAUACCAUGAUUAAUCUUACCCUACUCUCCUUAGAGCACACUGCACAAGAUAGGUUUCAAAAUUGUAAUAUUCCUUUAUUCACCUAAAUCAUACUAUUACAUACGGAAGCAAUCAAAAAUGUAAAAAAAAAAAAAAUAAAGAAGUUACACAGAAAGGCUACACCUUUAGUUUUGAUGGUUUUGGUGCAGGCACAGUGUGUGGUAGGUGUGGAAGAGGUGACAGAUAAACUAUAAUCUAAUUCUUUGUGUGAACUGAAUGUUUAUAUUAAUGUGAGUGUGCUUCUUAGUGCAAUAUUGAACCUCUCUGCAAUAUUGAGAUUUUAUUUAAUUAAGUAAUAUAUUUGUUUAUGUAUUUGGUCUUUUACCAUUUCACAUUUGGCAAACUCAAUUUGACUGGUCAAUGGGUGUGGGUUACUUGUCUUAUAUUGAUCACUGGACAUGGUGUGAUAACAUACUGGACAUGCUCAACCUGUUUUUUGGGGGGUUUUUGUUCUUGGAUCAAGGAAGGUGUGAAAAAUUAGAGCUGCGUGUCAAUGGAGCAAAUAUUGGAAUCUUUUGAAUAUACGGCACCCAAAGUUAAAAAAUAGCAGUUAAUCGUAUUUUAACUAAAUUUGGGAUGUGUACAUCCUUGGGGUACAUAAAACGUUGAAUGGUGGGGAAACGGUUAUUCUGAUUAUGAGGGUUAGAAUCUGUACCUUGUGUUUACUCGUGCUUCUUUUUUAUUUUAUACAAAUGUAGCUUGAUUCAACAGGAGAUUCACCUUAGAGAACUCACUGCCAAGGGCUGAUCGUCACAUGUCCCUCACACGGGUAGCAGCACAGAGUGGCAGCGAAAACGAUUGCCGCGUUCCCCUGAUCUAGAGAAGUAAGAGUGAUAUGUUCACAAUUGCAUGGUAAAAGAAAAGAAAAAGCAAUCACUGAAAUGUCAGAUUUAACCGUUUUUGUCCAAACUGCCAUUUUGUAGGAUAGCAGCCAUACGUAGACUCAAGACAGUUGAAUAACAAACAGACAACCUAUUGCACUAAGUGUACAGUGUCGUACAUGCACAAUUGUGAAUGCCUUGCUCAAGGCACAGUUGUCAUGCAUUGUUCUUCUAGACACGUCCUGACGCAGCCUUGCUUACAGCGAGAGUUAAUGGAGAACCGGGUGAGGGUUCAGCAAGAGCACAAAGACCAAAACCUACCAAAUGACAAUGUUGCGAACACGAGUGCAGUUGUGAACAUAUGGUGCUUCGAGCUCUGAUGACCUGCCCCUUCACAUUUAAUUGUCUCGCACUAAUCUGGUUUCAAAUUUGACAUCUGACCCAUUAUCGAUCAGUGUGCCAUACCACCUCUCAUUGAUUAUUGCCAAAUAUUUUGUAUGGCCUGAGUUUACACAUUACACCACCAAUUCUCUGUAAUAGAUAUUAAUAUAUGUAAAUAGAAAAAUAAUUAUAAUGUAACUAAUAAGAUUCAAACCCUCUGACCCCUGGGAAUAUACUAUAUUGCAGUCAGCCUUUGUAGGUUUUCAGCCAUCGGUCAUGUGAAACAAGAACAGCUGAGGACGACUGCUCAUCUGAGAACUUGUCUUUAGGAGUCCAGAUGCUGCUCUAGUUUUAAACACAGCAAGAAAUAAUGGCUUCAGAAGCCAAAGUGGCCAGCAAGUCAGAAAAAAAACUUUGCCCAGAUCCCUUCUUCAAAGUACAUCGAAAGUAUAUUUAAUGCACAUUAACUGUACAAAUAGAAAAGCUGAGCAUCAGCAGUCCUACUCUCUUUGUGUUGUUCUUUAUCACCCAUGGAAUCAAGAACAACGAUGUCAAAAUAACUGUUGUAUUUGUUCGACAUGGAAAGCUGUCAAAACUCUAACGUCUCAGUGACUCAGUUCAGGCUCGGUCCAAGUCAAGAUUGUCUCUCGUAGAUACAUAUCUUAGCUUAUGUUACAGGGUCUUUUGUAUAAUGAACUUGUUGCCUGAGCAACAGUUAAUUGUGAGUGCAAAAAGUUAACAAAGCAAUAAGUGUAGUCUCUCCUUUGAAGCUAUUGGGAAUUGGAGCACAUUACCAUACAUGCUGGCCUUGUCCACUAAAAUGCUGAGUGUUGGCUCAAUAAUGUCACAGGACUUAACAGCUAACAAUCGUGAAAACAACCCUCGAGGCUUUUGUCAAUAAGAUUGCAUUGCCAUCAAUUAAAUGUAACAAAACAAUUUAUCACCUUUGUCAUUGUAUUGUGCUGUAGGAACUGUAGUUGAUUGUUUGUAAGUAUAGAAACUGUUUGUGGAAACAUGAAUACUAAAAAAAAAAACGUUAUAAAAAAGGAAGUGUAAAUGAACAAUGCUGUAUGCUGUCUUUGAUUUAUGUGCAUUUUGUAAAUGAGAAUGGAAAUAUAAGUAAAUACAUCAAUGUUACAUACCAGUUAUGGUUCAUAGUUAGCCUAAAUGUGACAACAACAGUUCUGUUUAAAAAGGUGUGUGAGAAUUUUUCUUAUAUUUUCUCAUUGUUGAUUUUUGAUCGGGUUCGCACUUUGUUGUGCAACUGACCCCUUGGAAUCACAAUGGAUAACAAAAAAACCCCAUGAAGAAUAAACAAGUGGAAAAAAAUA